AUGGAAGCUAUAUCGAACCUUAGAGAGAAGAAGCGACUUAAGAGGCAACAUAACGAUUAUAGCGGCAAUGAUGAGCCUCUACCUAAGAGGCAGGUCCUCACAGAUGCAAUGAUCGACUUCACAUCAAAAAAAGGCGGAACAUCCGACUCUUCAAAAACUUUAGCUCUAACUGAUCAUAUUCUAGAGAGGCUUCUACCGGCUGGGUAUAUCAAAGCAAACUUAGCUAACGAAAAAAAGCAUGUGGCUACUGUCCAGGUGUACGUACCCCCACCAGAAGUCACAGGUCUUGACUUGCAACUCUCAAGGGACACAGCCCCUGAGUACCAAGGAAUACCCUUAAAGAAAGAAGAUGUGAAACAUUUCUCACUUUUGUUGCAAACUGAUAUUGAGGAUUUGGAGCUUUUACAGGACAAGAAGCGGUACAAACUUAUGGAUAUUGUUUUGAAGGCUAAGAGGGGAUCCCCACAAAUGAGAAAGAAAGCCAUGCGCUGGUUCUCAUCCCACGUAAGUGAAGUUGGACCAGAGGUGAUAUUUGGCGUCAUCCUUCCUUUGAUGCUCGAGCCAGACCUUGAAGACAUGGAAAGACAUAUACUAGCAAAACUCAUUGAUAGGGCAGUACAUCAACUAGGUUCUGAGAUAAAACCUUAUACUCAUAAAAUAGUGGCAGCUGUAAGUCCCCUUUUGAUGGACGAGGACAUCUUACUUCGACUAGAAGCAAGAGACAUAAUCGCGGCUGUAUCACGAUCAGCAGGCUUGGCAAACAUCAUCACAUCAUUAAGACCAGAUUUGGAUCAUAGUGAUGAGUUCGUAAGAAACUUAACUGCUCGUGUAUUUGGAAUAGUUGCGAAAACCUUAGGUUUGUUGAAAGUGUUACCAUUUGUCAAGGCCGUAAUCAAAUCCAAGAAAUCUCCACAGGCUCGUCAUACUGGGAUCCGAAUCAUUCACAAUCUUUGUUUCACUCUCGGUGGCGGUAAUGGCGCAUCCAUCUUGCCAUACCUUCCACAACUUGUUGAAGUGCUCCACCCAGCUUUGGAAGAUGAUCUUCUACAAGUAAGAGUCGCAACUGCGAAUACCUUUUCCCUACUAGCAGACAGUGUCUAUCCUUAUGGUAUAGAUUCAUUCGAAAGCAUAUUGGAGACAGCAAGAAGCGGCUUGAAACAGCACAGAGGAAGGGGCCUUGCAGCAUUUAUAAGAGCGUUGGGCUCCCUUAUAGCUCUCAUGAACCACAACCCAUCUUACGAAGAGUACACUAACUUCUACUUACAUGACCUCCUACAUGUCUUGACAAGGGAAUUUAGAUCCCCGGAUGACGACAUGAAGAGAGCGAUCUUACGUACACUUUUGCGUUUGCCUGUAUCGAGAUCAUCAAUUCCAGAUUAUGUUGAGCUGAUUCUCCAACCUUUUUUCCUUAACUUCUGGACAAGAAAGGUGGCUCUGGACUCCGCGCAGUUAUGUCGUUUGGUCAUUGACGCUACUUGUGAGCUAGCACAAAGGCUAAGUAUAACGGAAGCAGUCGAGAUGCUCAUCCCUUUUGCAAAGAAUGCAAACGAGAAUCUUCGAAGAAUGUCAGUUGAGGCACUUUCCAAGUUGGCAGCUUCGAGUCCUCGAGCGUUCAUUGAACUACUGGAUCGAACUGAGACAACUUUACUUGACGCUGCUUUAUACGCUUUUCAGGAACAAAGUCAACCUAAAAGAAUCUACCAAUCCGCAAUAUUUUCGAUCUGUAAAGCACUUCAAAGCAGAAUCAAGCCUCAUGUGACAGUUUUAUUAAGUACUGUGUUGUUCAGAAUGAAGAACCAGGAACCUGAAGUUAGGCUUCAAGCAGCUGAUCUAGUGGCUUCUAUUGCACAAUUUCUUAGUGAUUGUACCGAUGAUGAUGGCUUGACAAUGAGAAAGCUAGUCUUAUUUUUGUACGAAUCACUUGGUGAAGUGUAUCCCGAAGUGUUGGGCUCCAUCAUCGGAGCUCUUCACUCGUGCAUUGGAACCUUUAGAAAGGAUACUUUGCAAAAUUUGGAUAAUCCCUCAAUAAGUACGCUUCUUCCCACACUUACACCCAUUCUAAAGAACCGUCAUGAGAAAGUUCAAGAGAAUUGCAUCAAACUUGUGGGAUUCAUUGCGCGCACAUGUGCUGAAUCCAUAAACUCCAAAGAAUGGAUGAGAGUAUCAUUUGAUCUCUUGGAUAUGUUGAAAAGCCAAAGAAAACAGAUCAGAGUGGCAGCAAACGCGACGUUCGGCCAUAUCGCGAAUGCGAUCGGUCCUCAGGACGUGUUGGCAACCUUACUCAAUAACCUUAGGGUGCAAGAGCGUCAGCUUCGAGUCUGCACUGCUGUUGCAAUCGGCAUUGUGGCAGACACGUGUGUCCCUUUUACAGUUCUACCGGCUUUGAUGAAUGAAUACAGCUUUCCCGACAAAAAUGUUCAAAAUGGUAUCUUGAAAUCGUUAAGUUUUAUGUUUGAAUACCUUGAAGGAUCCAUGUCGAGAGAUUACCUCUUUGCUAUAACGCCGUUGCUCCAAAAUGCUCUUACAGAUCGUGAUCAAGUGCAUCGACAAAUAGCUGCUGUUGUGGUCCGUCACCUUGCUUUGAAUUGUGCUAGUGUAGUAGAUGAUGAUUACGGGGAAACCUUUCUCCACUUUUUGAAUCUUGUUCUUCCAAACUUGUAUGAACUGUCGCCCCAUGUCAUCAUCAGAAUUAUAGAGUGCAUUGAUGCUCUUCGUAUCAGCGUUGGCCCGGGGAUCUUCAUGAACUACAUAUGGCCUGGUCUCUUUCAUGCUGCAAGAAAGGUGAGGACACCAUUUUGGAGAGUGUAUGACGCUGCCUACAUCCAACACAGCGACGCUAUGGUGCCCUAUUAUCCACGCAUAGAAAGCCUACCAGACAAGUCUGUUUCCUACACUGUACAUGAGUUGGAUGUAUGGAUAUAG